UCAAAGUUUUAGCGACAGCUGUGUUGUGCAAGUUGAUAUAGGAUGACCCCUCUUUUGAGGCUGUUAUAGGAGGCCUUUUGAUAUCCACUUUAUGGCCAAGUGACAGGCUGAUCAUCAGUCAAGUCCAUAGGAGGGCAUUUCUGAAUGUCUCUUUGUGGCACAUCUUCCAAUGCAAAUAUGAUGGCGGCAUAUAAUGGGGGCACAUCAACAGCAGCUGGGGGGCACCACCACCAUCAUCACCAUCACCUUGCCCAUUUGCCCCCUCCCCACCUACACCAUCAUCAUCACCUCCAUCCUCAGCAUCAUCUGCACCCAGGCUCAGCAGCAGCUGUGCACCCUGUUCAGCAACAUGUCUCCUCUUCAUCAGCUUCCACUUCCUCCUCAGCUGCCGCAGCUGCUGCGGCAGCGGCGGCAGCAGCAGCAAUGCUAAAUCCAGGGCAGGCCCAGUCCUACUUUCCAUCUCCAGCUCCAGGCCAAGCUCCAGGUCCUGCAGCAGCAGUGGCCCCUGCUCAGGUUCAGGCUGCUGCUGUAAAGGCUCACCACCAUCAGCACUCUCAUCAUGCCCAGCAACUGGAUAUUGAACCUGAUCGGCCCAUUGGUUAUGGCGCAUUUGGAGUUGUCUGGUCAGUAACAGAUCCAAGAGAUGGAAAAAGAGUUGCUCUAAAAAAGAUGCCCAACGUCUUCCAGAAUCUAGUCUCUUGCAAGAGGGUCUUCCGAGAACUGAAGAUGUUGUGUUUUUUUAAACAUGACAACGUACUCUCAGCACUUGAUAUUCUCCAGCCACCUCAUAUUGAUUAUUUUGAAGAAAUAUAUGUUGUCACAGAAUUAAUGCAGAGUGACCUCCAUAAGAUCAUUGUCUCUCCUCAGCCGCUUAGUUCAGAUCAUGUCAAGGUUUUUUUGUAUCAGAUUUUAAGAGGUCUGAAGUAUUUGCAUUCAGCUGGCAUUUUACAUCGAGAUAUUAAACCAGGGAAUCUACUUGUGAACAGCAACUGCGUUCUUAAGAUCUGUGAUUUUGGAUUGGCAAGGGUUGAAGAACUUGAUGAAUCUCGGCAUAUGACUCAGGAAGUUGUCACUCAGUAUUAUCGGGCUCCAGAAAUCCUCAUGGGGAGUCGACAUUAUACCAACGCUAUAGACGUCUGGUCUGUAGGAUGCAUUUUUGCAGAGUUACUUGGGCGAAGAAUAUUGUUUCAGGCUCAAAGUCCAAUCCAACAGUUGGACUUAAUCACUGAUUUGUUGGGUACACCGUCACUAGAAGCAAUGAGAACGGCUUGUGAAGGAGCCAAGGCACACAUACUCAGGAGUCCUCAUAAACAGCCAUCUCUUCCUGUCCUGUACACACUGUCCAGCCAGGCAACUCACGAAGCUGUCCAUCUACUCUGCAGGAUGUUGGUCUUUGAUCCAUCUAAAAGGAUAUCAGCUAAAGAUGCCUUGGCUCACCCAUACCUGGAUGAAGGCCGCUUGCGAUAUCACACUUGCAUGUGCAAAUGUUGUUUUUCAACUUCUUCUGGGAGGGUCUACACCAGUGAUUUCGAGCCUAUCACAAAUCCAAAAUUUGAUGACACUUUUGAAAAGAACCUCAGUUCUGUUCGGCAGGUGAAAGAAAUAAUUCAUCAGUUUAUAUUGGAACAGCAGAAAGGAAACAGAGUUCCUCUGUGCAUCAAUCCUCAGUCUGCUGCUUUUAAAAGCUUUAUAAGUUCCACUGUUGCUCAACCCUCUGAGAUGCCGCCAUCUCCACUGGUUUGGGAGUGAGAGUGGAAGACUUACUACUGACGACCAUUGUGUAGCUUUCCACUGGAGUCUGGGAAUUGCAAUUCUGGAGAGCGAUUGCGCCUGUACUGUAAUUUUACCAAUUAAGGUUAAAUCUACCAACCACUAGGUGUAAAAACGUAUAUCCUAUUUAAGACAAAAGUGGCGUACUGGUGACUUUUUCGGCUCGGUGGUUGUACUUCUGAAUGAAUUUAACCCAGAAUUGCUUAUUUUAUUAACUAUAUGAUGUUUUAAGGCUCAGAACAAAUUGCACCAAAUGAUGUAAUAAAUGGGUUUUUGUAGAGGUUGGUUCUAGGUUUUUAAAUAUUAUUUUAUUUAUUUUUUUAAUUAAAGUGAGGCUGUGUGCAAAGCAUUUUUAUACUGAGCCAUUCCAAAAAAAAUCCCUGAAUUUUCUGUCAAUAAGUGCGAACAGAAAAUGUGUCUGAAGACCAAUCACAAAGUACUUCCCAUCAUGAAGAAUGACCAGGGGCUGACGACGUAUCGAGCUUGAUGUCUCUUUCCUAGUGCUGCACUAGAACCAUGUUGUUAUUUAUAUGUUCUGAGACCAGAAGGCUUUUGCAGAGGAGGAGUGCAUCUGUGACUAGAGGGAAUGGACAUUCUUCCUUCCCAAUAUAAAUAUAUAAAUUAUAUAUUCUAUUUUUCUUAGAAUUCUUUCUUUUUUUUCUUACCUUGAAGCCCUGGGCAUGCAUAAUAUCCAUCUGUGUAAAUAAUUCCACUGGUCAUUUGUAAAGGUCCUUUCUAUGUCCCGCUGUAUAGAGGUGAGCUAGCUUGCACAUUUUAGAUUCUAAAAAGGUUUUUGUGACCCCAUUCCCCCCCCCCACCCCUUGCACUGGACAGUUGAAAAACAAGGAAAGGCGCUUGCUGCAAGCAGAACUGAGGGGGUACCCGUACCUGUGGUUGUGUAGGCGACGAGAGCGGCGCAACCAGGAAAUGGCACAGCUGCAAAUCCUUUACUUUCCAUUUUCUUUUUGGUUUCAACACUGAGAUCUCCUGUGCAUAUGUAUAUACAGACACAACUUAAGGCCUCUACCUCCUGGAGUAUACAGCUCAGCUUGUUUCACUCCAAAUGAUUCUUUUUUUAGCUUCAGUGUGCAGACUUGAAACUUGAAUGUUCCUUCCAGUUUUUAUAUGUACGCAUCACACUAGCGCAACCCAAGAAGGCAGAAGAUCGCUCUCACCGUUAUCAAGGAAUUCCUGUGGAUCCAACUUUUUUUGGUGGUAUUUGUAGCGUGCUCUUAACUGCUAGACUUCUUGUCAUUUAUUCUAGAAGAAUUUUUUUUUUUUUAUCCUGAACAGGCUGGAUUCAAUAGGAGGACACUAAACAAAACCCAAUUGGAUUUCUUUUCUUUUCCUUCAGUUGCUCUUGUUUGUUUUAAGCUUUAUUUUAUGGGAAGUUUUUUUAACUUCAAUGAAGUCAUGUUGCUGUGAAACCGAUGUGCGUUUGAAUUCCAAAUAUCGGAGACAUGGAGUCUUUUUUUCUUUUUCAUCUUUUUUUUUUUUUCCUUAUUUAGUUUUUCUGAAGCGGCUCCUUUAACAGACACCCCAGCGGAAGUGUUUCACCCCAGGUGUGAGGGAAUAGCCCUGUGUCACCCGAAGGAAAUGAUAAGCAAUGUGGAGCCCAAAGCUGGCUGAGGAAAGCAGUGGUGAUUUGGGAUACUUGCUGGUCACUUUGUAAAAUGUAGAUUUGAAGUUAAGUGGUGAAAACAUUAAAUGUGUCAUUUAAAAAAAA